AUGAACGCGGGACUCAAAUAGUGAGGCGACUUUCCACAAAACGAAGCGAACAAGUGACACGUUUCAGCAAGAACAGUUCCUACUACAUAAUGGUGUACAACGAUUGCACCGGUUACGGUCGGCACUCAUUCUACGCGCCGAAUGGAGCGGGGAAGCACUCGUUCCGUCGCGGCGGAUGCAAUGUGUACGUGUAUUGGAGCAGUGAUUGGAACAAAGCGAGUCAAGCGGCGAGGGAUCGAUUCACGCAGCAAGCACGGACAUUCGGAAAUAAAGGGCUACCAGUGUAAGGGCUUGAACGAAUGCAACUAGCAUCCAAAACGUCCUAACCAACCUAGAAAAUGCGACGAAAGCUUUUGGAGCGGCCCGGAUCUCAACUACUCGGGCUAUCCGAAGCACGUGCUGGAUAACGAGCUCACCAACGCCGGCUUUGUGGGAAUGAUCAGAGACGAUCAGGGUCUGACGCUUCGAGUCUCGGCCUGUGUGACACCUACGCCCGGAUACCACACAGAGAUGACACUCGGCAUCCCGAACUCGAACAAUCCGAAUGUGUUCGGUCUUCCCGGCCGGUACGAAAAGUUCCGGGGGACCAAGUAUAUGAUGAUUUUUGGAUAUUAUUGA